CUCCCGAAGAAAAUACACUUAAAAACAGUUUCGUAUGCUAAAACUUUAGAAAAAAAAAAUACACUUUCGACUUUGGUUUAGUUUGUUGUAUUAAACUCACGGUUUAGCUCCGGCGAAGUAUGGUCGUAGUCUCCAACUUCCUCCUCCAUCAGAUAAUCCGUUAGAUGGAAGAAACCAAACGAAACUCCGAUCUUCUCCGUUCUCGUGUCUUCCUCUCAGGCUUCUAUUGCUGGGACUGGGAAUUUCUCACUGCUCUCUUGCUCUUUAGUUGCUGAAUCUUUCUCCCGUUUUUUUUUCAUUUUCCAAAAAUCUUCUUUUCUCUUUCUGUCUAGAUUAUUUUUAGUUUUGUCUUUAAUUUUUUUGUUAAAAAAAUUCGCCGGUAGAUGACGGCGGUGAUGACGGCGCAGAGAUCUGUCCCGGCGCCGUUUCUAAGCAAAACGUAUCAGUUAGUUGAUGAUCAGACCACAGACGACGUCGUUUCAUGGAACGAAGAUGGAACAGCUUUUGUCGUGUGGAAAACAGCUGAGUUUGCAAAAGAUCUUCUCCCUCAAUACUUCAAACAUAACAACUUCUCAAGCUUCAUUCGUCAGCUCAACACUUACGGUUUCCGGAAAACUGUACCGGACAAGUGGGAGUUUGCUAACGACAACUUCCGGAGAGGACAGGAAGAUCAGCUGUCGGAGAUACGUCGGCGUAAGUCGGUGAUCGCCGCGGCGGGGAAAUGCGUUGUCGUUGGUUCGCCGUCGGAGUCAAACUCGGCGGGUGAUGAUCACGUAUCUAGCUCCACGUCAUCACCCGGGUCAAAGCACCCGGGAUCGGUGGAGAACAUGGUUGCUGACUUAUCCGGAGAGAACGAGAAGCUGAAAAGAGAGAACAAUAGUUUGAGCUCGGAGCUCGCGGCGGCGAAGAGGCAAAGGGAUGAGCUCGUGGCGUUCUUGACGGAGCAGAUGAAAGUGGGACCGGAGCAGAUCGAUCUUAUGAUCAAAGGAGGGAAGCUCAAACCGGCGAUGGAGGAAGAGAGUGACUGCGAAGGUUGCGGCGGAGACGGUGGAGCCGCCGUGGAGGAGGAGAAGGGGGUGGUAGGUGAAGGGUUGAAACUGUUUGGGGUGUGGGUGAAAGGAGAGAGAAAGAAGAGGGGCCGGGAUGAGAAGAAUUUCGUGGUGGGUGGGUCCCAUAUGACUGAGAUAAAGAACGUGGACUUUCACGCGCCGUUGUGGAAGAGCAGCAAAGUCUGCAACUAAACAAGGAAAAGAAGACUUGUAAGAGACUGUUUCAAACAAGCGUGUGACACGUCAUUCACAAAAGAAAGCUGCUGCUUUUAAUAAUUUUCCGUAAGGAAGAUUAGUGUUUUUAUUUUUAUGUUGAAAGUGAAUUUUCAUGUAUUAUAUACUUUUAUUAGUAGUGUAUUACGGUUGGAAAAAAAUAAGACAGACGUUUCAGAUUUUA